AUGCUGCUCCGACCGCGGCGGCCACCCCCGCCCGGGCCGCCGGCCUCGCUGGGGCAGGACAGCCCCGACGAGCUCGAGGACGAGGAGGAGGAGGAGGAGGAGGCGGCCGAGGACGCCCCGGGGACUCCGCCCCGACGGCCCGCCUCGCCGGGCCCGCCCGAGGCGCACGAGCUGCCCGGGUCGCCGGUGUCGCCGGGCUCGGCGCAGCGCACGCCCUGGAGCGCCCGCGAGACGGAGCUGCUGCUGGGCACGCUGCUGCAGCCGGCCGUGUGGCGGGCGCUGCUGCUGGACCGCCGCCGCGCGCUGCCCACCUACCGCCGCGUGUCGGCCGCGCUGGCCCGCCAGCAGGUGCGGCGCACGCCCGCGCAGUGCCGCCGCCGCUACAAGUUCCUCAAGGACAAGCUCCGCGAGGCGCAGGACCAGCCGCCCGGGCCCUUCGACGCGCAGAUCCGCCAGCUCAUGGGGCUGCUCGGCGACACCGGGAGUAAGCGCGGCCGCCGCCGCUCCCCCGGGCCCGGGCGCCCCCCGCGCGGCCGCCGCCCGGCCCCCAGCGCGCCCGCCGGUGCGCCCGCCGCGGAGCCGGACGCCCCGUCGAUGCCUGCGGCCCGCGACUCCGACGUGGACCCCUCCUGGACGCUCCGGUUCAGCUCGUCCCCGGCCAAGCCUACCGAGGCUCCUCCCCGCGAGCCGGGCUCCCCGACGGCGCUCCCCUCCCUGACCCCCGCGCCCGGCCGCUCCGAGGAGCGCGCGCCCCUCCACGCCCCCAGCUCCCCGCCGCCCCUGGACCCCGCCUGGGAGCGGCCCGACUCGCCGCCCGGCCGCCCGGAGAGCCACGCGCCGCCCCCGCAGGCCGCCGCCCCGUCGCUGAACGCCGCCCUCAUGCAGACCCUCGGGCACCUGGGCGACAUCGUGGCCGUGCUGGGCCCCCUGCGCGACCAGCUGCUGACCCUGAACCAGCAUGUGGAGCAGCUGCGCGGCUCCUUCGACCAGACCGUGUCCCUGGCCGUGGGCUUCAUCCUGGGCAGCGCCGCCGCCGAGCGGGGCGUCCUCGGGGACCCGCGCCCCUGA